AUGAUUCCCAUUCAGUCACGCCUACAAGCCAUGUCGCUUCCCAAAGCGGCGGCUCCUAUCGCCAGCACAGAUCCAGCUCAGGUCACCUUCUGCUGGAGUGGCAGCUCCGGAUCUUUUGAAUCCAUCAUGUCAAGCCCAUUUGCUCCGCCACCAACACCAACUGACACCCUCCUCGACAUCAACCCCCGCAAAUCAUCUUUCUCCAGCGAGCAGGGCGCAGCCUACGCCUUCCCAUCCUGGCCCAACAGGCCUUCUCUCUCUACCAAUGACUCCAUGGACUCCUGCACCAGCGCCUACCUGUCCGACGAUGACCUCCUCUGGAUGCCCGAGAACGCCGGCACAGAGAAGGCAGUGGAAGAAACUCCCGUCGAGCCGGUCUGCUCCGUCACCAUGGAGCAACAGCUCCAGCGCAUGCGCGCCAUCGCCGAGGAGGAAGACCGUGCCAACUUCAUGGCCAGGGUCGACGCCCAUGCUCGCGCCACCCUCGCUCUGCGCCAGGAAAAGCAGUCUAUCGUCAUCGACCGCGAGCGCGACUCAAAGCGCAAGAAGCGUCGGGUCGUACCAACACCCAAGCGCCGCGCACAUUCAGCCUCCAAGGUUUCCACGCACUAA